AUGUUUUUCAGUUCGUUGUAGCAACCUGGCUGCGAAGCUUGGCAACAACAACAAAGCAAACAAACUUAAAAUCAGAGUACCUUAUAAUAGCUUAAACAAACUUUCGAAAAACAAUUUACAGACUAUAUAUAUUUUACACAGAGAGAGAGACAAGGCCUUAGACAUGUCGUUGGUUUAUAUAACGUAUCACGAUGAGAACAUCUUUGAUGUGGAGCGCGAGACGGAGAGGACGCAAACGACAACGCAAGUUCAUGACACCGCCAAGAAGGCAGCUGAGUUUUCCAGGCAGCUGCGCAAUCGCCUGGACAUGGAGUACAAGAAGCAGUCGGUGGUGCUGCAAAAGGAUGGCGUGCGUCUGCUAACGGAUGCCAAGAAGUGCUUGCAUCGUUCCAUGGGCUGUGCCAAUGUGCCGCUGGAUCCGCCGUGCGCCUUUCUACGCAAGAAUCAUGGCGUUCGCUGGAAACGAGAGAAUCUACACGUUUGUCCACCGCCGCGUCACAUGCCGCCGCUGCCGCCCAUUGGCAAAAAGGAGCAAAAGAGCAAUAUGGUGCCGAACUUUAUAGUCAGGAACAUACGCUGUGCUCGCAACACCAACAGGUGUCCGCCCCCGCCACGCAUUGUGGAUACUCCCGUGGGUGCGCGUCAGAAUCUGUUGAAUUCUGGGCUAGUGCCGCAGUAUGUGUGCCGCAAAGACUUUGGCCAGGUGCCGGUGUACAUACACAAGACCAAGAAGAUGCUGGGCCAGCUGCGUGACAUUUGCUGCAAGGAGCAGGCGCGUCUCAUGGAGCUCUGUGGUGGCAAAAAAGGUGCAGACGCUGCUGCGGGCGGUUCUAAGCAGGUGCUGACCAAGGUAGAUGGCGUGGCGCCAGAUAUGCCCGGCAUGCGCAUUAUGGAUUCGCCUGAGCGUAAUGAGCUGCUGUCAGGUCUGCGUCAGCAUUUGAAUGAGAUGACCAAGCAGUAUCAGUCCAUGUCCUUGCUUAUCGAUAAUGAGUCCAAGCGCUUGCGUAAGGGUAAGCUCGAGUCCGAUCUGCGUCAAGUGGAGCAGGAUAUUCUUAUGUUGGAGACCAGUCCCAUUAUUUAUGUUUCACUGUAUUAAGCUUAUGUUUCGUUGCACUUACACUCACACACGCACUCCUAGACACACGCACAGCUUAAGUCAGCUUAAUAAAAUUGAUGCAGGCAGCCUCUAAAUUC